AUGCCUACCGUCAUCCACCUGAGAGCUGAUACCAAGCCAUUCGAGCGUCGCUCGCCUUUGUCGCCCAAGACUGCCAAGGCUCUCCUCGAUGCUGGCUACAUUGUCCGUGUCGAGCGAUCAGCGGAACGUAUCUACAACGAUGAAGAAUUCGCAGAGGUUGGCGCCGAAUUAGUGCCUGCCGGAUCGUGGGUCAAGGCCCCCAAGGAAGACAUCAUUUUUGGCCUCAAGGAGCUUCCCGAGGACGACAUCGACCUGCCCCAUUCAUAUAUCCACUUCCAGCACAUCUUCAAGAAGCAGACUGGAUGGGUCCCUUCACUUUCCCGCUUUGCACGAGCUGGCGGUACCCUCUACGAUUUGGAGUUUUUAGUGGAUGAAAACAACCGGAGAAUCGCGGCCUUCGGAUUUUUCGCAGGCUAUGCUGGUGCGGCCGUGGCCUUCAUCUCAUGGGCUCACCAAGUCCUCCACCCUGGCGUCACACAAGGCGAAGUGCCUCUUUUCGAGAAUGCUCCUGCUCUGGUUUCACAUGUUAAGUCUGUGCUUGAGCCGGCUAUUGCUGCCAACAACGGCCAAGCUCCCCGUAUUAUUGUCAUCGGAGCUUUGGGACGCUGUGGUAGUGGAGCUGUUCAGUUUUGCCGUGAGAUUGGGCUCGACGAAGAAUCUAUCAUCAAGUGGGACAUGGCCGAGACAGCCAAGGGUGGGCCUUUUAAAGAAGUUGUGGAAUCGGACAUCUUCGUCAACUGCGUCUAUCUCGGACCCAACCCCGCUCCUCCUUUCGUCACUUUUGAUUCUCUUGCGACCCCAGAGAGGCGACUACGGGUCAUCUGUGAUGUUUCAUGUGAUCCGAAUAGUCCAAACAACCCUAUCCCCAUCUACUCAACCUGGUCCACUUUCGACAAGCCUACGAUUCCAACCUCCAAGCCUGUCAAUGACCCGGAGCUGAGAAUUAUUGCCAUUGAUCACCUUCCAACAUUGAUCCCACGUGAAUCCUCUGAUGAGUAUUCUGGUCUGUUGCUGCCGGCCUUACUCACCUUGGACCGCCGUGAUACCGAGGGCGUUUGGACGAGAGCAGAGGCAACUUACAAGGACAGAGCUCAUCUUGCUCGAGCCUACACGGCUCUGCGAACGCUGCGAGCUGCCAAUAGCGGCGAAAAAGCAGCAAUGGAGAGCCUGAUAUCCAAAGGCUUUGGGAGGUCAGGAAGUAGGCGACGGGAACUAAUGGCACAAUUUGUGAUUCCACAAGGCCCUAAAGAUUCAAGGGCUCUCGAAGAAGCUCUUGAUUCAGCAAGGAGAAGCAACGAAGCUAACAAGGCUUCUUCCUCAACGACACAUGACACAACGGAUGGCACCGUCAAAGUCAAAAAGGCGUUUUUCGAGAAAUGGGACCAACAGAAGCUUAUGAGAAUUCUGCAAUCACAGCGACAACAGCAAAGAGACACAAAGGGUACAGCCAGCUGGCCUGGUACUCCGGUUAAGACGCUUGAUCCGGACCAAUUCAUUCCUAAAGAGACCAUUUGGGGGAAACCACCCGGAGAAAAUCUGAAGCAGACGAAAAGGGCCAACUGGUGGCGACGAAAUGCCGAAAAGAUUAUGCCUCCUUUGGGCAGGGGUGAAUGGGAGAUGCUCAAGGAGCUAAGCAAUGGAGGCCAGGAGAGGGGCGAGUGGCAGAUACCAGAAAGGCGCCCACUUGCAAGCUCUUUGGCGGCGACAGAGGAGAUGACAGCACAGAGAAGAUGGAACUGGAAAGACUACGCUACAAAGCCGACGGCCAUUGUCGAAAAGCCGAGAUCUCUAAAGCAGCAGCGGCGGACUGGCCAAAAGGACAGCAGUCCAUAUAGCGUCAAAGAUCGCGAUCGCAACUUGUCAACAAGAUGGUUUCAAAGAGCCUACACUAGAGCUUGGCAACUUACGCCAACAAUGACACAGGAUCCCAACACACUCAAAUACUCAUUUACGUGGGGCAGCAUCCAGUCACGGCUCCCUCCUGCAGCCAAGCAUCAACUCGACAUCUUCGAAGGCGUGGAUGAGAAUGGCCGUAAACAGAAAAAUACACCAUCAUCAUGA